UUGCAGGUGAGAGCAUGUGAUGCGCGACCGAAUGUUGAACCAUUAUGUUCCAAUGCGGAUGUUAUUAUAUUCGACGUCAGAGAUGUGCACCGAUUCGUCAUGAGGACCAGUGGAGUACAGCUUGCACAAAUAUACGACCACGAAAAGGAUAUUGCCAGAGUACUUCGUCAGUACACCGGUCCAUGUUCAGUUAUCGUUAUGGAAAGGGUUGUAGAAGUAAAUGAAAAAGCGAAGAAGAAUGAUCAAAGAAGUUACGAUGUUUAUUGGUAUGCCAUUAAUCCAACAACGCAACGAAUCUGUCGAAAACUUGAGUUCAGGUGA